CAAGCGCAUGUUCGCAUUUCGAGUUUUUCUGCCGGCAUCGUGUGGUGUGGUGUAAACAUUUGCCGUAAGUUUUAGAUUACGCUCAACGACCGGGAAUGAAUCGUUCAUCUUUCAAGAACAAAUUCGCACGGAAACGUGGGAAACACAGUGGCUCGGGUUCCAGAGAUCGACCGGAGAAGCGCUUCAUUGACGCCGUGAAAUGGAAACACGGCCGCGAGAAGAAGGAUAACCAGGGUCCUGCGGCCUUGUCAGAAUUGAAGGAGGAACAGGUGUACAUUACCGAAUACGUUUCCGCUAAUAAAGGAUUCAGAGGGAUUCUAAAAUCCAGAAUUUCCGAUUUCCAAGUGAAUGAGAUUGAUCCGGAAGGAAACGAAUGCGUUUUGACAGAUCUAUCUCUUCCGGUAGCACCGAAAGAAGAAACGAAUGAUAAUGAUAUACGAGAGCAAUUGGCCGUACUGAUACCUGCAGAAACGUUGGAACGGAUGAAAAAUUUGGCAGAUACAAAGGAACAAUGCAAAGAUACUAUUGAAUUAGAGGUAACAGAUCUGACCAAGGAAGACCGUGGAAAAAUCCAUAACGGCGUCAAGGCUUUAUAUGGGCAGUCUUUAGUUGGAAACACUGUUUCUAAAAAUGAUAAAAAGUUUAUAAUUUUUACAAAGUAUUCCAACGCUGUUCGACAAGACCAUAGGCAGAAGUGGGUUUGGCCAGAACCAGUGUUGCAUUUCGUUCUGUAUAAGGAAAAUAUAGAUACAAUACAGGCAAUAAACCAACUAUCAGAUGGAGCUCGUCAAAAAGCUUCACUCUUCGCGUACGCUGGAACGAAGGACCGUAGAGGGAAAACGUCUCAAUGGAUCUCAAUUUCUAAAUGUGACCCUAAGAAAAUAGAAGGAGUUGCCCGUAAGACUAAUACCUUCAAAGUAGGUAAUUUUUGUUUUAAACCAGAGGGGCUCAAACUUGGAGAUCUAAGCGGGAAUCGAUUCAGGAUUGCUUUGCGUCACGUCGAUGCCGACGAUUCCGUAAUCCAAGAAUCGAUGGAACGCUUCAAAGAGAACGGAUUCAUAAACUAUUUCGGCUUACAACGAUUUGGAAAUUGCGUAACCAUUCCCACCUAUCAAAUUGGUAUAGCGAUUUUAAAAGGUGAUUGGCAAGGAGCUUGUGAUUUGAUACUCAAACCACGCGAUGGAGACUUUUGGUAUAUGAAGGAAAUGCGCGAAGAGUGGGCUUGUUCAAAAAAUGCCGAACAAGCUCUUGCUGCUCUAGUAAAACCUGAUAAGACCAUUGAAAGAAUCAUUUUGUCCCACUUAACGGAAAGACCGAAAGACUUCAUGGGGGCUAUUACCAGUAUUCCUCGGAAUAUGCGUUCAUUGUAUCUUCACUCUUAUCAAAGUUUUAUCUGGAAUCAAAUGGUGAGUCGUCGUAUCAAAGCAUUCGGCUACAAACUAAUUCCUGGGGACUUAGUUAUGGUUGAUAAAUCUGUCAAAACAGAAGAAACAUGUAUCGAAGAUGUUGAAUUAGAGAAGUGUGAUGAUCAAGAGACCGAACCAAACCCUCAACAGGAAGAUAAAACCGAAUCAUAUUACAAAAAAAUGGUGAGACCGCUAACCGAAACUGACAUUGAAUCCGGAGAGUAUAGUAUGUUUGAUCUAGUGAUGCCAUUGCCAGGGCACGAUAUAACAUAUCCUUCGAAUGUUGUUGCCCAUUGGUACGAGGAAGCGUUGGCUGAGGACAACCUUUCUUCGGAAAAGUUUAAAUGGUCUUCACGCAAAGAUGCUGUGACCGGUGCGUACCGUAAAGUAAUAGUCAAACCCAGCCAGUUGAGCUGGAAAAUAGUCAACUACUCGAAGCACGAUGAUCCGCUUAUACUAUCCGAUUUGGAAAAAUUGCAAAAGGUUGCGGAACCAAAUUACGAAGGAGAUACACCUUAUAAAGCACUUAUGUUGAAUUUCAUUCUACCUCCUUCUUGCUACGCUACUAUGGCCAUAAGAGAGAUCAACCGUCAGGAUACGUCGGCCAAGCAUCAGCGUGAUCUAGAAAAAGGUGUCCGUUUGCCAGCAUCUGUUGGCGGGAAACAAUGUUCAGACGCAGCCGAAAAUGAAGAAGAAACUACAAUUAAGAAGGCUAAGUUAGAUUAACAACUGCUAUUUACAUAGUAAGUAUAUGACCAUGAACUUCAGUUUUGGGAAAUUUUUUCGAAAAUUUAUUUUAAAAAGUGGUAACAAAUAUCAUCGGCUCAUCUUAGUCCAUAAAUUUUAAAAUGAAUUCUUCGAACUCCAAAUUCGUUUGUUUUAACCAUUUGAAGAGGAGACAGUGUCAACUAUUCAAAGGGACUUUUUUGUUUAGUGCUGAACUCAACAAAAGUUACCGCUUGAACUGUUAUCGAAAGGUUUCUAAACCGACCACCGGAAGCGCUGCCAUAAACUUUACAGUGCGUA